AUGGCGGAUUUGGGGGGCCAGCGUAACCGGAAUUACCGGCCUCACGGGCCGGCCUCAUCGACACAGCGGGAUGCUGCGUAUUCUGACAUCUUUGGAGGCACUCCACCUCCGGGGCGCUCCCAGACGAUGAAUUCGCAGACCCCGCAGUUCAAUCAGGGCCGCGCUCAUACCAUGUCGUCGCAUGUCGCACAGCCCCAAUUCCAGAGACCGCCGCCGCCGCCGACGCGGCAAGUACCAAAUGGAUACGGACCGCCAUCAGCACCACCAAAUGGAUACCCUCCUCCUCCGCCAUCAGGACAAUACCAAGCAUAUAAUCCGGGAGCCUCCGCCACAAUGUCCUCCCAUCAACCUCCUCGGCCAUACCCGGGAGGUCAACGCUUCGCUGCCUAUCCGCGACCCCAACGCCUCGAUUCGAGACCAAGUCCUACCGCGCAAUACCCAGAAGCUAGAGACUUUAAUCGCCCAAUGCCUCCUGCGCUAAACUCCGAUGCCUCCCGAUCGAGAUCAAUGGCAAAGUUAAGCGGGCCACCGUACCAACCCCCGCCGAGCAACUUCAAUCACACAUCCGCCAUCGCCUCUCGCCGCGAACCGUAUCAUGCUGGAUCUCCGAUGACCCAGCUCGGGCGUCCGGUGCCGGAAAAGCAUACCAAUGAGCGAGCCAUGUCUAUGACUUCGUGGUCAUCUGAUCGAGAUGCGCACAUUAUGAACAGCGGACGGUCCAUUCCCAGUCGCAGACCUCCGUCGGGUCACGAUCAACAGCCUUUACCGAGACAGGACUCAAUGGCGCAGGCCAGCCCAGAUAUUCUUCCUACCUCUCGCCAGCCGAGUGAUGCAUCUACGAGAUCGCGUACAAUGUCAAUGGCAUCGACUGCAACUGCGACACCUAUGUCUGAUCGGACCAUGAGUGUUCACAGUCAAUUCACGCAAAAGUCUGGUCCGGUAACGCUUGUCUCGCGGGACUCACAGCGCAAGGUUCCGGUGGUCUAUCCUGCUUUACUUUCUCGCGUUGCAGAUGUCUUCAGGGAAAAGAUCUCACUCGGCGAACGACAGAAGAACGGUCUGUCUUACCAGAAUGCGUUUUCGGGUACUGAUUCGGUGGAUUUGAUUGGGAACAUCAUUCGGACCAACGAUCGCAACCUAGCUCUUCUGCUGGGCCGAGCGCUGGAUGCUCAGAAAUUCUUCCACGAUGUCACCUACGACCACCGGCUCCGAGACGCCCCCGGUGAAGUAUAUCAGUUUAAGGAAACGCUAGGAGAGGACAAGUCUACAACUGAGGUCAAUGGUGUUUUCACUCUCCUGACUGAAUGUUAUUCUCCAACCUGUAACCGAGACAGUCUGUGUUAUUCGAUUGCUUGUCCGCGACGACUGGAACAACAGGCCAGAUUGAAUCUGAAACCUCAGCCGGUUCUGGGAGGAACUACGGACACCAAACUAGGAGGUACCAUUCCAAUCGACGAUGACGAUGACAACGACAAUCAAAAGCUGUGGAUCAGCACGGUGCCUAAGGAGGUUUCGGAUUCCGUGGACGACCAUGAGAAGAAACGACAGGAGAUUAUCUUCGAGAUCAUGUAUACGGAACGUGAUUUUGUGAAGGACCUGGAAUACUUGCGCGAUUUCUGGAUGCGGCCAUUACGUGCGGCGGGUACCACAACACACUCACCCAUUCCAGAACACCGACGGGAAAAGUUCAUUCGAACCGUGUUUGGAAACUGCUUAGAGGUUCUCAAGGUCAACAGUGCUCUGUGUGAAGCUUUGAACGGUCGACAAAAAGAGAGCCAGGUCGUCCAAACCGUUGGUGAUAUCUUCCUGCAACACGUGCCUCGCUUUGAUCCAUUUAUCAAGUAUGGUGCCAACCAACUCUACGGAAAGUACGAAUUCGAGAAGGAGAAAGCUUCCAAUCCGGCUUUUGCCAAAUUUGUUGAAGACACGGAACGUCUGAAAGAGUCUCGAAAGCUUGAACUUAACGGUUACCUGACAAAGCCCACCACUCGUCUUGCAAGAUACCCACUUCUGCUAGAGGGAGUUUUGAAAAACACUGCCGACGGUAAUCCGGACAAGGAAGAUAUCCCGAAGGCAAUCAAGCUGAUCAAGGACUUCCUCUCGCGAGUCAAUACCGAGAGUGGUAAAGCAGAGAACCAUUUCAAUUUGGUCCAGCUGAACGCUGCACUGAAGUUCAAUUCCGCGGACUAUGUCGAUUUGAAACUUACAGAAGAGAACCGUCAAAUGCUCAUGAAGAUGGCGUUCAAGAAAACCACCGCCGACAGUUCUGAUGUCACCGCAUAUCUAUUUGAUCACGCUGUGUUGCUUGUUCGAAUCAAGGUGGUCAACAAGCGUGAAGAGUUCCGAGUCUAUAAAAAGCCUAUUCCUCUCGAGUUGCUGGUUAUCGCUCAGAUGGACGAGGUUAUCCCUCGACUAGGAAUUGCUAAAAGACCUUCAUCAAGUCUUCUGUCCAACAAGGCUCCGAUCAAUCCCCCACCUGCUAAGGAUGGUGGUCUCCCAAUUACCUUCAGGCAUCUCGGAAAGGGCGGUUAUGAACAGACUCUUUACGCUACAAACGUCGCCACACGACGCAAGUUCAUCGAAGCGGUGGAGCAACAACAACAGAAGCUGUGGGAGCGAAACAGCAACUUUUACAACAAGACUAUUCUGUGUGAAGGUUCCUUUGGCAACUUGAACCGUGUGAACUGUCUUGUUCCUAUCGACGGUGGUCGGAAAUUGGUUUAUGGUACAGAUAGCGGUAUCUACGUCUCUGAGCGUUGGCCCAAAGACAAGUCAGUCAAACCAAAGCGAGUUCUCGAUGCUAGCCAGGUCACGCAAAUCGACACCCUGGAGGAGUAUCAGCUGGUUUUGGUUCUGGCAAACAAGACCCUCUCCUCGUACCCUAUGGAUGCUCUCGACCUCGGGGAGGGCCAAAACGCCAUAGCAAAGCGCCCAAAGAAAAUCCAAGGUCAUGCCAACUUCUUCAAGGCAGGUAUUGGUCUUGGUCGUCAUCUGGUUUGCUCAGUCAAGACAUCGGCACUCUCAAGUACCAUCAAGGUGUACGAGCCGAUGGACAAUCUCGCCAAGGGAAAGAAGAAGUCUGCUGUCAGCAAGAUGUUCCAGAGUGGCCAGGACACACUCAAGCCAUUCAAGGAAUACUACAUCCCUGCUGAAUCUUCUUCGAUUCACUUCCUUCGUUCUACUCUGUGUGUUGGUUGUGCACGUGGCUUUGAGGUUGUCAGUUUAGAAACGACAGAAACCCAGUCUCUUCUUGAUCAAGCAGAUACCUCCCUUGAUUUCGUUGCACGAAAAGAGAACGUCAAGCCCAUUCAUAUCGAGCGUAUGAAUGGGGAAUUCCUCCUCAAUUACAGUGACUUCUCAUUCUUUGUCAAUCGCAAUGGCUGGCGAGCCCGUCCGGACUGGAAGAUCGCCUGGGAGGGCAACCCGAACGCAUUCGCCCUCUCAUACCCUUACAUCCUAGCCUUCGAACCGAACUUCGUUGAGAUCCGGCACGUGGAGACAAGUGAACUGACGCAUCUGAUGACUGGGAAAAACAUUCGCAUGCUGCACUCUUCCACUCGAGAGAUCAUCUAUGCCUACGAAGACGAAGGCGGCUACGACGUGAUUGCCAGUCUCGACUUUUGGACCAAUAAACCGCAACAGCAAAGCAUUUAA